AUCUGGCGUUGGGAAUUUGAAAUUAUAAUGAAGCAUUAUCUUUAUAGAUACCAUGAUCUUCUUCCUCGCAACAAAAAGCAGUUGCACAGGCCUGAAUUGAGCAGUCAUAUCGAGUCAGACUGGGCGGUUAACAAUGACGUUCUUAUAUCUAGUUAUCGGUGUUCUGCUGCAGCGGAUUUUGCCGAUUUUUGCCAGCAAUCAAUUAGCUUGCAAUCUAUUGGACUACCAUGCAUCCCACGAUGGACAAGUCAAUCGUGACAGAACUUUCCAGGGCGUUGCCCGCGUUGAUUACCAAAGAAGCGCCCUGGCUAUAUACACCUACGAGUUUACGAAUUUCGUGAAUUUCUUAAUCUACGACUUUAAAAUAGAAUUUGAAGGAAUCUCUGUCAAACCGAACGGAUCGAGCAACAAGUUGUCACUGUCACUGAAAACAGACUUGGAAGGUGUCGGAUUUCUUUCGAACACUACACGGACUCAUUUGACGAAAUGCGAGAUAGAUUUGGAGAGAAAUAUAAAAUACAGAAAAGACAUACCACUGAAUCUUCAAAAACUACUUGUCCAGUUAGUCAGUUCUUGCAUUCGACCUGAACUAUGUAAACAGUUGGGUAAGCCCAAACAAGAUGAUUUCCUCCAGGCAGAAAUUGCUCCGCAUGACUUCGAUGACAAUUCAGCUAUGUGCGAAGCAUUAAGUGCUAAGUAUCCGAAUUUGCAUUCCGAAAAGAAGAAUAAAAAUGAUACAAUUCAGGGCACAAUCAACGCGUUUGCUGACUUUUGGAUUGCUAGUGCAUUGUCUCAGCUACCCGGAAAAAUUCCAGGGUACAUCGAUCUUCCAAGUUUGAAUCAGACUAUGGAUGGAAUUCCAUUAAUAAACAAAGGAUAUUUUAGACUUUACAAUGGCACAUUUGGAAAUCUAAGGAACAUCAAGAGAUCCGAAGACAUUGUCCUAACUAAUAAAGGCAUUCACUUUUCGGCUGUUGGAGGGUUUUAUUUACCUCAAGCACGCUUCCACUUCGAUCAAAUUGCGUUGAAAUAUGGAGUUAUUAGCACCGACGGAAAACUUGACAUCGACAUCGAUGGCAUUGAGUUAAAUGUAAGAAUCGAUAUGAACUACAAUACUAAUCCAUGUAAAGUUAAUGUAGUAAGAUUAAACUCAACAUUUGGCGAAGUUUCCUUUAAAUUGUCCGAGAGUAACGUUUUAGAAAGUAUAGUAAACGAUACCAUAAGUGGUCUAAUUAAUCAAUUUACAAGAAACCUUGUUAAUUUCAUCGAGCUCAAACUUAGAGAACUUAUAAAUGUUCCUCUACAUAACUUCGAUUGUGAACAUUAUCGACCUUAAAAAAGUUAACUGUGAUUGAUAUCCAUAAAACAUUUAAAAACACCAUUCAGAUCUAAAUGAAGAUGUUUGAACAGCCUUUUUCUGGAUGACGUAUGAUAUGCUAUUCAUCUAUUACUCUAAGGUUACCUAUGUAUUAUAACAGAUGGAUUUGUCUUUAAUAUAAAAUUGUACCUAUACCUAAAAUAAAUAUUUUUCUAAUCUA